CCGCUGGGGCAUCUUUCCGGGCGCUGCCCAGCGCGGGAGAGGCGCGGCCUGGCGGUGUGUGGGGGGGUGCUGUUUCUGGCUCCAUCUGUUUGGAUCUCUGUGCAGAGCAAGGCUCCCCCUUCCCUCCCCUCGGUCCUCUACCUUCCCUUCCCUGUUCCCCCCCCCCAUCCCUCCCUCUAAACGCUGUCAGCCCCACCCCUGCAGUCCAGGACUCGCACCCAGCCGACCCUGAAGCCCGAAGAGGCAGGAACUUUUGAAAGCUUCCCCCAACAUUGCUGCCCCCCCACCCCACUUCUAGCACCCCCAGCUCCUCCAGAAUCCCAGGAGCCAUAUCUGGAAUUCGGAAUGUCCCCCAAGUGUGUGUGUUGGGGGUGGGGUGCUUGACCAUGGACCCUCCAAACAGAGUACCCCACCUUCCCUUAGCUGGGAUUUCUCAGGGUCACUGAUGUGGCCAGGACCUCCUACUGAGGAGCCCCACUGACUCCCCAACUGACCUGCACCCUGGGAAACAAUCCCCACUUGCCCACUACCGCCCCCUGGAAGCCUCUGCCACCUGUGGGGCGUCCCCAGCUCCUGCUCCACCCAUGGGGUGAGGGGGCUCUGCGGAAGGGGGGAGCCAGGCCCCAGGGAGCUGACAGACCAAAAACAGAGGCCACAUACCCCUACUUGUGGAAAAUGGUGAGCCACCCCCAGACCUGGGGUAUAGUGCCAGCACUGACCUGACUUGCUGUCUACCAGUCCCUCCCUCUCUGGGCCUCAGUUUCUAUAUCUCGACUUGGCUCAGAUGUCUUCUGAGUCCCCUCCCAUAGUUCAUUCUUCCUUAUCGCUGGAGCCAGAGUCUUCCCCCUGUACUUCUGCAGCUGGAGGGGGCAGGAGGACAGGGAGCCCUGGACCUGGCAGGUGCGCUUCACUGAUGGCAUCACCAACAAGCUGGUGGCCUGCUAUGUGGAGGAGGACAUGCAGGACUGUGUGCUGGUCCGGGUGUAUGGGGAGCGGACAGAGCUGCUGGUGGACCGCGAGAACGAAGUCAGGAACUUCCAGCUGCUACGAGCACACGGCUGUGCCCCUAAACUCUACUGCACCUUCCAGAACGGGCUGUGCUAUGAGUACAUGCAGGGCAUGGCCCUGGGACCUGAGCACAUCCAAGAGCCCCAGCUCUUCAGGCUCAUUGCCUUGGAAAUGGCAAAGAUCCACACCAUCCAUGCCAACGGCAGCCUGCCCAAGCCCAGCCUCUGGCACAAGAUGCACAAUUAUUUCAUGCUUGUGAAGGAUGAGAUCAACCCCAGCCUUUCUGCAGGGGUCCCCGCUGUCGACGUGCUGGAACAGGAGAUGAGCUGGCUGAAGGAGCACCUGUCCCAGUUGGACUCCCCUGUGGUGUUUUGCCACAACGACCUUCUCUGCAAGAAUAUCAUCUAUGACAGCACCAAAGGUCACGUUCACUUCAUCGACUAUGAAUAUGCUGGCUACAACUACCAAGCUUACGACAUCGGCAACCAUUUCAAUGAGUUUGCAGGUGUGAACGAGGUGGACUACUGCCGCUACCCCUCAAGGGACACCCAGCUGCAGUGGCUGCACUACUACCUGCAGGCUCAGAAGGGGGUGGCUGUAACCCCCAGAGAAGUGGAGAGGCUGUAUGUGCAAGUCAACAAGUUUGCCCUGGCAUCCCACUUCUUCUGGGCCCUCUGGGCCCUCAUCCAGAACCAGUUCUCCACCAUCGACUUCGAUUUCCUCAGCCCACUGCACUGCCUGAGCAUCGUGAGUCUGGUGGCUGGUGGAAUUGUUGCCCGUGGCCUGGAAGAUGACAAGUGCAACCCCACCCUGCAUCCCAUAGCAGAGGGAAAAAAGGACAGUAGGGACUCACUGAGUCCAUUUGUGUGGCCAUCAGAUCAGCUCCCCUCUAGUCACCCCAGGUGCUCUGACCAGACUGUGCUUCACUAGUGAUGACUCAGAGGACUGUCAGCCAGGUCCUUAAGUGCCAGGGAUCUGUCUCCUCGGCCUUCUCCACGCCACCCACAGCAGAAAGCGAGUCACUAGCCUGGAUUCAGUGUCAUUAGAAUCAAGUGCAUUGAACUCUCACAGAUACUACAUGGGCGAUGAUAGAGAAAGAAAGGGAGGAAGGGAGGAAGGAAGGAAGGGAGGAAGGAAGGAAGGAAGGGAGGAAGGAAGGAAAAGGAAAGGAGAAAGAAGAAAAAGAGGAGGUGGGCAGUGGGUUAAGCGCACAUAGGAUGAAGCAUAAGGACCCGCUCAAGGAUCCCGGUUUGAGCCCCCGGCUCCCCACCUGUGUGGGGGGGGGUCGCUUCACACAAGUGGUGAAACAGGUCUGCAGGUGUCUGUCUUGUCUCUCUCCCUCUCUAUUUUCCCCUCCCCUCUCAAUUUCUCUCUGUCCUAUUCAGUUAAAAAAAAGGGAGUGGCCACCAGGAGCAGUAGAUUCCUAGUGCAGGCACUGAGCCCCAGUGGUAGCCCUGGAGACAGAAAAAAAAAAAAAGGAAAAGAAGGGAGGAAGGACAGACAGGCUGGGCGGCGGCACACCUUGCAGAGCAUGUGAACAUGCUCAAGGGCCUGGGUUCAAGCUCCUAGUCAUGUCUGCAGAGGGAAAGCUUCACAAGGGAAGCUUUUUUAUCUCCCUCUCCUAUCUUUCCCUUCCCUCUCAAUUUUACUCUGCCUCUAUCAAAUAAAUAAAAAUAAUUUUUCUUCUUUUUUGGCAUUAUCUUUAAUUUAUUGGAUAGAGACAGUGAGAAAUCAAAAAGGAAGGGGGAGAUAGAGAGGGAGAUAGAGACAGAGAGACACCUGCAGCCCUGCUUCACCACUCACAAAGCUUUCCCCCUGCAGGUGGGGACUGGGGGCUCAAACCCAGGUCUUUGGGUAUUGUAACAUGUGCGCUCAACCAGGUGUGUCACCACCCAGCCCCAAAAUAUUUUUUUUAAAGAACUGAAAAAAAGGUGAGGAUAUGGAGAAACUGAACCCUUGUGCCCGGUUAUUAAAAAUAUGAAGUGCUAUAGAAAAUAGUACUGUACUUGCCCUCAAAAUGAUUAAAACAGUCACAGUGAACCAGAGGGGUAGCUCCCCUGGUGGGCGAGGCUGGGCACGUUGUCACGCAGACUGGAUUUCAACCCUGGUACCACAUGGGAAAUACAACAGCACUGGAGAAAGCCCGAGUACUUCGGUAUCUUAUUCUUCUGUAUCUGAGUAAAAGAAGUAGCCCAGAGAGGUGAAAUCAUGUAUGUGAGGCCCAGACUCUGCUAAAGAAAGAUAAUAAAAGUGAAACAGAAAUACGAUACCAUCAGCUAGCUCCCUGCUAGAAACAGACCCAGAACUGAAGGCAGGCUCUCCAAGCCUUUUGUACCCCCAAGGUCAUGGCAGCGCUAUGCACAGUAGCUAAGAAGCAACCCAUGUGUCUGCUGGUAGGCAGCAGACCUGCAGAACGUGGCCUGUGUGUGAAAUGUUGUUGAGCCCUAGAGGAAACCACACGCACCACACGCUUCAACAUAGGGAAACCCACAAGAUGUCAUGCUGAGUGGCAGGUGUUGUAUGACCCAUGCAUGUGAGCUGCCUACAGUAGGAGAACUGUGCUUUGGGGGCCUGACGGUGGUGCGACCGGUUAAGCACACAUAUUACCAAGCCCAAGGACCUGGGUUCAAGUCUUCCCCUUGUCUUCCACCACGAAUGGUGAAGCAGGUAUCUCUCUCUCUGUCUCCCUCUCUCAAUUUCUCUGUCCUAUCUAAUAAAAAG